AUGAAGGGAAAGUUUGUGAAAGUGUGCAUGAACAAGUUGAAGAAAAAUAUGGGAAGUAGUACUAAUAUUAGUACUAGUAGUACUGGUACUAAUACUAAAGUGAGUCCUUGUCCAGGCUGCGACUACUGUUGCCAAUGGAGUUUGUGGCCUUUCAUUCAAAACAAUGAAGAAAAGUACUCAAAUCAACAUCAAAUUCAUCAAAAUCAUCAUAUUCCAAAGGAUGUUCCAAAGGGUCACAUGGUGGUUUACGUAGGAAAAGAGCACUACAAGAGGUUUGUCAUAAAAAUAAGCUUGCUUAAUCACCCUCUAUUCAAGGCAUUGCUUGAUCAAGCUCGUGAUGAGUUUGACUACAACACCGGCGGCUCCAAGCUCUGCAUACCUUGCGACGAGAGCCUCUUUGUCGACGUCAUCCGCUGUGCCUGCUGCCCUGAUGCCAGUGCAGACAGAGUAAAGUUUUGGCUUUGUUGUCUCUCAUCAUGA